UGGCGCCAAAAGGGACCAAACAUCCAAUGGUUCCCGCCAGGGAGUGCAAUUCGAGGAGACGGGGGCUUGAGACUGCUUGAGAGACUCAGCCGUUUCAAUUUUAGUCUCUUUUUAGAAUCUUCUGCAGGAGAGUAGUUUGUAUCUAAAGAAGCGCUUGUUAAAUUCAGAGGGAGAGGGAGAAAGGAAGAAGGGAAAUGGAUGGUGGGAACAAGUACUGGCUGCUGAAGACGGAGGUGGGAGAGUGGUCGUGGGAGGACCAAGCGGCCAACGGGGGGAUAUCAAAGUGGGACGGAGUGAAGAACAAGCAAGCCCAGAAGAACAUGAAGUCCAUGAGAGUCGGCGAUCUCUGCUUCUUCUACCACUCUGGUCCCAAAGCACGUCGCAUCGUCGGCGUUGUCUCCGUCAUCAGGGAGUGGUAUAUGUAUAGUUGCGAAGGCCAAGGUAGCAAGAAGGGUGGAAAGGACGAAGAAGCAGGGGCUGUUGACGUUANAGCAGUGGGGGAGAUGAGGCGACCCGUGGAUUUGAAGGAGAUGAAAGCAGACGAUGGGUUGGAGAAGGGUUUCGCGUUAUUCAAGCAACCUCGUUUGUCUGUCGUUCCAGUCCCCAAUCAUGUCUGGGAUCGCCUCUGUGAGAUUGGUGGAGGAUAUGAACCUGCAGCAGUUGCAACUGCAGAUGAUGGCGCUGAUAUUGAAGAUGAAUGAACAAGCCCACAACCAUUCGUCUUUUGCGCCACAGCUGUAUGUAGUAAUGCCUAACCAGAACAAGUAACACCCCCCCCCCCCCCUUUUCUUCAGGCAUCAGGUGUCUCUGUAUUUUGGCCUUUCGAUGCUCUUAAAUUCUAAAUGUUUGUCCAGCCAAGCUUAUAGUUAUCUGGUUCUAUGUUCAUUCUUCUUGAAUCUUUACUGAGUGGAAAUGUGGAAUUUUAUC